AUUUGUCGCUCACUAUAUUCGUUUCUUCUCACACACAGCUGCGCUGAAAGACCACACCAAGACGCCUAUGGCCACCGAUAUCCCUGUCAUUUCCCCCGAUACCUCGUCACUGAUUCAACCCGAUUUUUCCAUCUCUUCUCGUAUUCUCUUCUCUCUCACUGAACCAGGCUAUUGAGGUGACAUGAGUGAUUCAAUUGAUUUAUCCGGUGAUGGAGGUGUUGUCAAGACAAUCUUGAGGAAAGCGAAAGCUGAUGCGCUUUGUCCUUCGGAUGAUCUUCCUCUUGUUGAUGUUCAAUACGAGGGCACACUUGCUGAAACCGGUGAAGUUUUUGAUACGACACGCAUGGAUAAUACUGUGUUCUCAUUUGAACUUGGGAAGGGCUCGGUGAUUCAGGCAUGGGAGAUUGCAGUGAAAACCAUGAAGGUUGGGGAGGUUGCAAAAAUUACUUGCAAACCAGAAUUUGCUUAUGGCAGUGCAGGUUCCCCGCCAGAUAUCCCACCUGACGCAACUCUUAUUUUUGAGGUGGAGUUGGUGGCCUGCAAGCCACGGAAGGGUUCCAGUGUGACCAGUGUUUCAGAAGAGAGGGCCAGGCUCGAGGAGCUGAAGAAGCAGAGGGAGCUUGCUGCAGCAGCUAAAGAGGAAGAGAAGAAGAGGAGAGAAGAAGCUAAAGCCGCCGCUGCCGCCAGAAUACAAGCCAAGCUGGAAUCGAAGAAAGGUCAAGGGAAGGGGAAGGGAAAGGCAAAAUAGGGCCAUGUCGCUGUUAACUUCAUGAAGAACGAAUAUUAGAUAAAUGAGAUGAUACAUGCAGGAAACAUUUGUCGUGUGCUUAUUGACUUUGACCAUAUGAUGAUAUGAAAGACCUUUAAAUUA